ACUAAAUAAUCGAACUAGAUAUUUUUUGUGAUGUUACUACAGUUGCGAUUCGCGUCCGUAUCUGUCCGCAUCCGUACGUACAACCUAUGGGACCGGGGCCAUAAAACUUAAUGCAAACACUGCAAACAGCUGUUGCGCUGUGACGUCAUACUAAAAUAUAUAUGUACGUGAAAAUGUGAAAAAAAAAGAUAAAAGAUUGCUAAUCGAUUUGAUUUGAAAAGCUUAUUUCUUUUAUUUUAAUUUAUAAGUCAGUAUCUAUAUUUUGUAGCAUGCAUGUUGUAGAUUAUUCUGUUUAAAGGAGUUCAAAUUGGUAAAUAUAGUUGUUAAAAGUCAGAUAUUUAAAUUGGUCAAUUUUAAUGUUUCGAAAAUAAUAAAUAAUAAAAAAAGAAGCAUUAUCAAAAUGAAAACUUGGAAAAAAGCAGCAAGUUUAAUUAUUGCUGGUAGAAUAGCGUCGAAACCUAACCAAGUAAUCAAAUAAAGGCAGCUUUGGUGGUGCUUACGUAUUCCCUGGUGGUAUGAUUGAGCCAUCGGAUGCCGAUUUGAAGUGGCAAAGCUUAUUUCAAAAUUAUGGGUACAAUGAAAAUAGCUUUAAAUCUCUUAUUCCCAAAAGCAAAACUAGGCCAAAAAUUUUUGACAAUUUUGAUAAUGAGUUACCGAGAGAAGUUUCUUUGAGAAUCAGUGCAAUACGUGAAACAUUUGAAGAGUGUGGUAUAUUAUUUUGUACAAAUUCAAUUAGCACAAACACAACAUCAAAACUAGGCAAUAAUUUUGAUUUAACAAACGAUGAGUUAAAAUACUGGCAGCAUAAAGUUCACAACGAUUCAACAGAAUUUUAUAAUAUGUGCCAAGAAUUAAAAUGUUAUCCCAAUUUAUGGGCUUUAUAUGAAUGGAGAAAUUGGAUAAGUGCAAGUAAUUUUGCUAUUGCAAAACAUGUAAAUGCUGUUUUCUUUUUUACUGGCCUGCCAAAUAUUCCUAAUACAAAACUUGAGUGCAAUGAAAUGGAUGAUUUUUUGUGGGCAACACCAGAUUAUAUGCUGAAAACACAUAUAACUUCCUUAUUUCCACCACAGAGAUAUGAACUUUUAGAAUUAGUAAACUAUACAAAUAUUGAUAAUUUAAUUGACUGUGCUGUAGAAAAAUCAAAGAAUGGUGCUCCAAGUUUUUUUCCAGUGGCUGUAGGUUUAAGUGAUGGGUUGGUGUUUGUACUACCAGGAGAUUCAAUGUAUCCUAAUGACAUCAACAUACAUGAAAGAAAGCAAAUAGAUUUAUCAUCAAUGAGUAUUAAGCAAUUUCGAGAGAUUACUGCUACAACCAAUAGAAUAGAAAUUUUUAACGAUCCAGAAAACAAAGACAGAAUUCCAAGUAAAUUAUAGAAAAACGUUAAUCAUUAAGCCGAGUUCACCUGUAUAAUUUUUUUAACAUUUUUUAGAGAGAAAGUUUUUUAACUUUUUAAAGAUAUUUUUUCUAUAUAAAGAAUUAUAAUUUUUAUAUAUAAUAUUUUUGAAAAAAGACAUACGCUUGGUUAUUGAUUUUAAACAUUAUUAUUUUUAGUAUUUUUAUACUACGUUUUACUUAUUGUUAUAUGUUUAUAUAUAUAUACAUGCC